AAAACCCUAGCAGCGUGUUGUAUUUGCCGCUUUGAUUAUCGCCUCUCUUAAACAAAACCCUCAACCCCCCGGAAAUUUAGGGAUGAAAGAUUUCUGAGUUUCAUAAGAGGUUCUUCGAUUUUUAUAUAUCUGGAGGUGGUUCAAGCGGCGACGGAGGAGAGAUGAACGGUUGUGAUAAGAAGUGGGGCAAAGUUGGGUACACAGGAGGUGCAUAUGAUAAGAUGGUGAUCACUCCGAUAAUGCUUAGAUUCCGGCCGAUAGCUCCGAAACCAGUUUCUGGUGAGUCGAGAUCCGAUGGGGGUGGGAUUGAUAACAAAAAUUUGUUGCUUUGUAUGCCGAGAGCUAAAAGAAAGUACGUUAGGGUUCGAAAGAAUAAUAUCAGGAAAAAGAAAAUAUCAUCAUCAGAAUCAGAUCCACUUCAUCAUGAUGAAACUUGUAAGUGUCCUGGAAAUAUUGUCACUUUGCAGUUAUUACCAGAGAAAACUGAAGGGAACGGAUUGGUUAACAAUCAAACCGGUAGAGUUUUAGAUGAAAAUCACGAUCCACCUUAUUUAUCUAACUCGAACUUCAAUUACCGUUGGGUUGAUCGCAUGGGAGUUGUUGAAGAACCUAAUCGCACGGUGUUGAUGAGUCAAAGGAGGAAGGCCACAGUGGUGGAACUGGAGUCGUGGGUGACGGUGGAGAGCGUGACGGACGGUUGCAUGGAAGUGAGGGAGUUAGGGAGUACGGACGUGGAAAGGAUAAAGAAUCUAGAGGCUGACACGUGUCCAGGGUUUAUAUCAGAUGGUUUGUAUAGAGUUCAGUGGGUUAACGAAGCUUACAAGAGGAUGUUGAUGGUAGUAGCGGAAGCGAAUGAAUGGGAGCCACCAUCCCCACCGCCGGAGAUAACGGUGUGGCUUGUGUUGAAACAAGAAUUGCCUAGGUUUUGCACUGCAUUUUCAUGCAAGGUGAGGUUGCAGUAUAUGUGGCACAAGGAGAAGCUUUCGAGAAUGCUGCCAUGUGAUGUCUGGAAAAUGGACGGUGGUUUCGCAUGGCGGCUGGACGUCGAGGCUGCUCUCAGUCUCGGACGGUAAGGGAGAUUAGGAUUCAAAGAAGUAAAUAAGGGGGGAAAGAGGCGAAUUAGUAGAAUAAUCAGAUUUUCUGAUUGAGGGCCGUUCGACAACAAAGGGCCAAAAACAAAGAACGGAACUUGGCAAGCGUAUAUAUUUAUAUAUGCAUGCAUGCAUGGUGCAUGGUGCAUGGAAAGUAAUGAACUUAGGGGAUUGUGAGAAGGAUCGUGUUGAAUAAUUUUCAAGGCUUGAGAGUUGAGAUUUUUGGUCGAAACAUCAAUCAAACUUCACCAAAUUACAAAAGUAAAGGCUUUUGCACAUAUUGAGCCUAAGCAAGUUCCGGAACAAUUGAAGAGUAGGAUUGAUCAGGGAAAAGACAAAGAGAUAUAGGAUUCGAGAAGGUAGACAAGCAAAGUUAGGUAGCUGAGACAACAUUACUCCUGCAACUAUCAGAUCAGAAGCAACUUAAAUAGUAUGUCAUUUUAUUAUGUAAAUCAGUGUUGACAUGUAAUCAAACGUUUAAGUCGUGCAUGCUGUGA